AUGGGCCAAUUUACAGGGUUGUUGUUCUCAGACGGAGACCAGUGGAAAGAGCAAAGAAAGUUUUGUUCCAAAGCACUGAAGGAUUUUGCGUUUGGAAAAUCCCUGAUGGAGGACUCAAUCAUUGAAGAGUUUCAAUAUCUCUCAAAUACUUUGAAAGAAGAUGACAUUCCAGAGAAAUCAUCUUUUGUAACACGUGAUUUAGAAGAAAAUCUUGGACAAGCUGUGGUCAACUCUUUGUGGCUUGUUGUGGCUGGGAAGAAGCUUGACCGGUUUACCCAUGAGUAUCAGAGAGCCAUGGACUCCUUACCCAUGGAAAUGAACUACACCCUUUUCCUUUCCCUAUUUCCUUCCAUUCAAUCUCGGCUGCCAAAAAUGCUUUCAGGAGUUGAAAUUCUACAUUCCUGCACAAGCUUCAUGCAUCCAUGGGUUCAAGGACACAUUGAUGAUCACAGGAGGGAUUUCAGUGCUAAUGCAUUGCCAAGAGAUUUGAUUGACAUGUUCUUUUUGGAGCAGGCGAAGAUGGAGAAAAGUGGAGUUGAAGGUCAUCAUUACACUGAUCUUCAUUUGGCAGCUGCGCUUUGUGAUCUUUUUAUUUCUGGAGCUGAAACAACCACAUCUGGGUUAAGAUGGCUUUUGUUGUUCCUCAUUGAAAAUCCGGAAUGUCAGGAGAAAAUUCAUGAUGAAAUUGAUGCAGUUAUUGGGAAUGAGCGAUGUGUUCAAUGGGCAGACCAUAAAAAAAUGCACUAUACUCAGGCCGCAAUUCAUGAAGCUUGGAGACUGCCAGGAGUGACAUCUAAUGCAAUUGAUCAUAGACUCAUCGCUGACAUGGAGAUUGGUGGCUACCAUGUGCCGAAAGAAACCAUCAUCGUUCCACUGAUUCGUUCAGUCCACUCAAACCCGAAAUAUUGGGACAAUCCCUUGGAAUUCAAACCCGAGAGAUUCUUGGACAAGAACGGAGAAUUUCAGAUACCAAACAAAGACGCUUACAUGCCAUUUUCGACAGAGAACUGGGUUCCUUUCGCGUCGUCCAGAACUGCUUUCUAUUCGGCAGUCGUCGCAUUCCUCGCAUUUUCUACAUUCAAGUUGAUCCAGUUUAUGGUCCGACCGAAAAACUAUCCUCCAGGUCCUCUGAGAUUGCCGAUAAUAGGAAACUUCGGUUGCGUGAAUUGGACGGAAUGUUGGCCGACUCGAUUGGCGAUUUUGAAAGAAAAAUACGGCGACGUCUUCAGUGUAAAAUGUGGACAAAGCGACGUGGUGGUCAUUGCGGAUCCAAACAUCCUCAAGGAAGUCCUGAAAAGAGAUGAAGUUGGAGAACCACCCAUUGUUUACAUGAAACAAGUUCAGUAA